AUGUCUGAAGAGAUUUCUGAGGUGUCAUGGGACAUCUUGAAAACUCAAGGUCCCCAGAUUAUUGCAGACUCGCUAACCAGCAAAAGAGUGCCAGCAUUGCAAAAAUUACGUGGCAUUUUAUCCCAAAGUGACUCAGAUUUCUCCACCAAAGAAAAGGAAACCAUUCAGGCAUUGGCGUUGGCCGUGUUGAAAACCUACAACUACUAUCCCGACUCUGUUUCACGAACCGAGGCAUUGCGUGUGUUAGAGACCUAUGUGAAAACUGACCGUAAAUACUUGGAUGUGUUCGUCAAGUAUAUUCAUGAUAUCGCCAGCAAAUCGACCAAUUUGGCGCUCACUGAUAUUCUCACCUUGGUUUCGUGGACUAGCAAGUUUGCUCUUAUGACUUUAGACUUGGAUGUGCUGGAAAAAGUGUUUGCACAGAUCAUACAAGUGCAAGUAUUUUUGCUUCAUUCUUGUGCGGAUGGAAGCGCUAUUGAGGGCCAUAAGCACAAGCUUCUGCAUCGUAAAAGAGCCUUCCAGGCCAGCUGGAGCCAAACAAAGCAGACCUUAAUUGCGACCUUACUGGGAGAUUCAUCCAAGGCCAAAAAUGUCCUUGAUUUCUAUGUCAAGAGCGUCAUUUCGAUGAAAGAACCAACUUCGGCCGUUUUGCUCUUCUUAGGUGUUCUUGCCGAUGCAUUGCACGACUUACAGCCUACCGAACCUUCCUUGUUUGACCAUUUAGCCACUUCUACCGAAUUGAACAAGUUGGUCAUGGACUACUUCACUAACCAUGUUGUAUUGUCCAAGGUUCCUUCUGCAAGCUAUGCUCUUUCGACAUUCACUACCAUUUACGUGACAAAUUUCGUGGGUAAUGAAGCCUUUUGCUCUGCAGUGCUUCCCGCGUUAGAAAAGGCAAUCAUGAGAUCUUCGGAGGUUGGAUUCUGCCACUUGACUCUUCCUAUUUUCGGCUCCAAAUCUAUCAUCGACAUUAGCUCAGAAUUUGCCUCGUCGAAGCUUCUCACCCACAUACUCAAUGGUAUCAAGUCUACCAAAGAGAAUGUCCGCGAGAAGGCGUACGAGACGUUGGUGGCCAUUUUGACCAAUUCCUUGCCUAAUGUUCUGGUUGCAGACACCAUCAAAAUCACCGAGGAGAUUUUGAAAACCUUAAAGGCUACCGCAAACACAGACAGUAAAAUACUUCUUGCAAAGAGCAUCAAGCACUUGCCGGUCUCCAAUGGAGAUGUCGCAGCCAAGUCUCUCCUGAGUAUUCUCCCUCUUACAGCCAAAGAACUGAACGAGAACAUUCUCACACCGAUGGUGGAUUUGCUCACGUCCGUAUACCUCCAUCUGCUCAAGGAAAACUGGAAAGUGGAUGGAUCGGAUAAGAUCGAAGCUCAGUUCAAAUCUGGAUUGGAAAACGCAAAGCUUCCGCUCAGAAGAGUCUGGGCUACGGAGAUUGGUCAGGUUCUCUACUCUAACACAAAAUUUGCUCAAAAUGACCUGGUGAUCGCAUUUUUCUCAGCCAUUUAUCCAUCCUUGUUGAAGUCUCUCGACGAAGCUACUAAGUCGCCAUUGUUGACCGUCACCAAUAAGGGAAUUUCAUGUGCGUACGUUUGUAUUGUCUUGAGCAAAUUAUUUGAGAAAUCUCUCUCCAUUGAUACCCAGAAAGUGUUUAUUGCACCACUUGCAGACUCAGAUGAUAAAUUUUCUAUUUUGGUGAGCCCCAAAGUCAUUUCGAAGUUAGUGGGUGCUGAUCAGCAGUGGUGCUUGCGUAGUUUGAUUGCAAGCUUUGAAAAUGCCUCGGAUUCUUUCACGACAGACUCCUUUGGCAUCGCGUACUUGUACUUUACCAUCUCGUCCAAUGUAUCCUACUCUACGAGGAUCGAGGCUCAACUGGGAUUGAAACACUUGUUGGAGAUCGACGGAGAGCGUGCCAGCCAGACUCUUAUUUCUGGUAUCCAAUCUAUUGUUCACUCUGAAGCGUCUGACUCGGAUCUCAAUUACUGCUUGAAGCACUUGGCCCCAGUGUUCAAUUCCCUCACUCAAGUUUCCGAUAAGGCGUUGGCUACUAAGAAUUUGCUUGCACUUGUCACUUUUGCACAUCAUCCAGCCAUUGCUGUUAAGGAGAAGUGGAUUGGUUUGGCCUUGAGGGCCUCCAUCGAUCCUCAUCAGAUUAUUGAAGACCAUAUGGACGAGAUCAUUGAUAACCUCUCCAACGAACUUAAUAACACCGGCUCAAGUACUGACUCUUAUAAUGCCGCAUGCGAAGCAUUUUCCACUCUUGGUUUCGUUAACCCUGAAGUCACUGCUCCAGUCUUCUCUGACUUUUUGGAAAAGCAAUUGGAUGUGGAGAGCCUCAGGGUCAUCGACAGUACUGCCAUCCAGAUCUGGAAAGCGCAAGAAGGUGAGUUAGUCGUUGAUGUUUUGAAUUCACGGCCCAAGAAGGCCGAAGAUAAGAACUCGAAGGACUACGAGACCAGGAAAUGGGAGGAAAGCUUGAAGAAAGAAAUCGCACACAAGAACAAGGGAGUUUCCAAGAAGUUGACCAAGGAAGAACAGAAUAUUGUGAACGAACAACUUGGUAAGGAAUCUGGAAUCCGUCUGGAAGUCGAAGCUACAGUCAAGAAGUUCAACAGAGGUUUCCAUGUGAUUAGACAAUUGACCUCGGGCCAAGACAGAGUGCUCAAUUCCCACGAAAACAAAUGGUUCUUGGUCGCUGUGGUGAAGAUGUUGGAUGCCUUGAAGUUACCUGUUUGUAGUGAACUUUUCGGUGAUUUUGGAUCCUCCACCUUCAUUACUGCUUCGAAUGUACUUACCUCCAGAUUGGGCGUUUUGAAGGAGAUUACUGGUGUGGCUAUCUUGCGUGUCAAUGAAGUUGACAGCAUUCCUGACAAUUUCGCUUCCAUUCCAUUGUUGAACUUGCUCAGUAGAGUUUUGUUCAGAAUCAAGAUCUUGGCAGAUGACUACUUUGACUUCACCUCUUUUAUUUACAUCUUGCCCUUGAUCAUCAAGGUGUUGGAGAUCGGCAAGGAUGUGGCCAUAAAGAACUCUAAGAAGCAGGUGGUGACCUCCGAAUUCUCUGAUGAAGAUCCCGAGGAGGAGAAUCUCUCAUUGGCCAUUGAUAUCAUCUCUUCUCAGGCCAUGCUUGAAGACGAAUCCAUUCCUAGAAAGCUGAUUCUCGAAGUGUUGAUUUCCUUAAUGAAGAUCCCAACUAAGGCUAAAAUGGCCAAGGAAUGCUUCCUCACUGUCUGCCAGCAGAUUUCCGUUAAUGUUGUUCACGAUGAUUUGACUUUGUUAAUGAAAAACUUGGUUAUCCCAGACACAUUUGUGAAGCAUGCCAUUCUUCAAGGUUUGGACUCCGAGUUCGACUUGACAGACGAGAUGAACUACUCCGACGAGAUCUGGAUCACAAUUCACGACAACGACGAUAACAUCGCCGAACUUUCCAGAACCAUCUGGGACGAUAAUGACUUCUCACUUGUUCCAGAUGCUCCUAAAAGACUUUUCAAAUUUGUUUCUGAUGAAGAUGCUGGUAUGCGUUUGACAAUCGCCAAGUCCAUUGUCGCUGCCGUCACCACGUUGGAAGAGUCCGACUCUAAUAUCUUGGACUCAACAUUGGGUCUUUUGCUCACUUUAUUCUACGAAAUGGAGGUACCUGCUCCUCCUCAGUUGGACAAGUUUGGCUUGGCCAUCAACAGCCACGCCGCACCUAAGGAUGAAUGGGAGGCUAGAUCGACUGUUGCCUUGACUUUGAAGCUCUUGGGUCCACAUUUUCAGACUGAGGAGAAUAUCACCAAGGUCUUCCAGUUUUUGGUUGAAAGAGAGACUUUGGGGGACAAGGAGGACUUGGUUUCUCAAGAACUCUUAGAUGCUGGUGUGGAAAUUAUCAAGACUCAUGGUCUCAACUACGUCGAAAACUUGAUCCCAAUCUUUGAAAAGUGUUUGGCUCAAAAGGACAACGGAUCUAAAAAGCAAGACAGAAUCAGAGAGCUGGUGAUCAUUUUAUAUGGAUCCUUGGGUCGCCAUUUGGACGCUUCCGACGAAAGAUUGACCAUCAUUGUUGACCGUUUGCUUGCUACUCUCGACACACCAUCCGAAGAUGUUCAAUAUGCUGUUUCUGAGUGUAUUGCUCCAUUGGUGAAGUCCAUCGAGCCAAAGUUGCAAGACCACCUCGAUGGUCUUUUUGAGAAGCUCUGGAAUGGUAAGAACUUGGCCAUCAGAAAGGGUGCUGCGUACGGUAUUGCUGGUUUGGUGAAAGGUGCCGGUAUCAAGUCUUUAUUUGCCAACGACGUUAUGAGAAACAUUACGUAUGCUGCCGACGACAAGAAGAAUGAGCACUUGAGAGAAGGUGUCUCGUUCGUCCUUGACUGUUUGUCGCAGAGUUUGGGUCCAUACUUUGAACCUUACGUAAUUGAGGUGUUACCUAUUAUCUUGAAGUCUUUGGGUGAUCCAAGUGCUCUGGUUCGUGAAGCCACGGACAUGGCCGCCAAGCAAAUCAUGAAGAGCACCACCAGUUACGGUGUCAAGAAGUUGAUUCCACUUGCCAUUAGUAACUUGGACGAUAUUGCUUGGAGAUCGAAGAAGGGAUCUGUGGAGUUGCUUGGUUCCAUGGCAUACCUUGACCCAACGCAGUUAUCUGCAUCCUUGUCAACAAUUGUUCCCGAGAUUGUGGGUGUCUUAAACGACUCCCACAAAGAAGUCAGAAAGGCAGCUGAUCAAGCCUUAAAGAGGUUCGGUGAGGUCAUUCGUAACCCCGAAAUCCAAGCCAUUGUUCCAGACUUGAUCAAGGCUAUUGGUGACCCAACUAAGUACACUGACGAUGCUUUGGACAAGUUAAUCAAGACACAGUUCGUUCACUACAUCGAUGGUCCAUCGUUGGCACUUAUCAUCCACGUUAUCCACAGAGGUAUGAGAGAAAGAUCAGCAUUGACCAAGAAGAAGGCUUGCCAGAUUGUUGGAAACAUGGCCAUUUUAGUUGACAGAAAGGAUCUUCUUCCAUACUUGACAGCUUUGGUUGGAGAGUUAGAGGUUGCAAUGGUGGAUCCUGUUCCUGCUACCAGAUCGACUGCAGCCAGAGCUUUGGGUUCCUUGGUGGAGAAGCUUGGAGAAGAACAGUUCCCAGAUUUGAUUCCAAAGCUUUUGGCUACCUUGAACGAUCUGUCCAAGGCUGGAGACAGACUUGGAUCCGCACAGGCCCUUGCCGAGGUUAUCUGUGGUUUGGGACUUUCCAAGUUGGACGAGAUGUUGCCAAACAUUUUAUCGUCUGCUCAGUCUAUGUACUCCCACGUUCGUGCUGGUUUUAUGCCUUUGCUCUUGUACUUGCCAGUUUGUUUCGGUUCUCAGUUUGCUCCUUACUUGAGCAGUAUCAUUCCUCCAAUUUUGUCUGGUUUGGCUGAUACCGAUGAAGAAAUCCGUGAAACUGCCUUGAGAGCAGGAAGGUUAAUCGUCAAGAACUACGCCAACAAGGCUAUCGACUUGUUGCUUCCCGAAUUGGAGGCUGGCUUGUCAGACUCCUCUUACAGAAUCCGUCUUUCUUCCGUCGAACUUACUGGAGACUUGUUGUUCCAAGUCACUGGUAUUUCUGGUAAGAACGAGCUCACUGAAGAACAAGUGGAGGUCAACAAGUCGCUUGUGGUUGUCUUGGGACAAGAGCGCCGUGACCGUAUUUUGGCUGCCUUGUUUGUUUGUCGUUCCGAUGUCACCAGUGUGGUUCGUGCUGCUGCUAUUGACAUUUGGAAGGCAUUGGUGGCCAACACUCCACGUACUGUCAAGGAAAUUAUUCCAGCUUUGACUCAAAUCAUUGUCAGAAGAUUGGCAUCUAGCGAUGAGACCCAUAGAACCAUUGCUGCUGCAACGCUUGGUGAGGUUGUUCGUAGAGUGGGUGCUAAUGCUCUCGCCCAAUUGUUGCCUACCUUGGAGGAGUCUCUUAUCUCGAGCGACACCGAUGCCAAGCUGGGUAUUUGUAUUGCCUUGACGGAGUUGAUCAAUUCGGCCACCGAGGAUGCAUUGCUCAAAUAUCAGGACAUCUUCAUCAAGAUCAUUCGUGAAGCUUUGGUGGAUCCAUCUCCUGCUGUCAGAGAAGCCGCCGCACAAGCAUUCGAGGCUCUUCAAGAGAAGUUGGGUAAGGUUGUUAUUGACGAGGUGUUGCCUCCAUUGUUGAACAUGUUGGAGUCUGACGACUCGGAGAACGCUUUGUUGGCCUUGCAAGACAUUAUGGCCAAGAAGUCCGACGUGAUUUUCCCAAUCUUGAUCCCUACCUUGUUGGCUCCUCCUAUUGAUGUUUUUAAGAUGAAGGCACUUUCAUCUCUUGCCUCCGUGGCUGGCUCUGCCUUGUAUGGCCGUUUGGGCUCAAUCAUUAACACUGCUCUUCAAGCCGUCAUCGAUGCUAAGAGCGCAAGUCAAGAAGAACAAGAAGAGGUCAACGGCGCUUUCGACAAGAUUUUGUUGUCCAUCGACAACGACGCAGGUGUCCAUCCUGUGAUGUCGCAGUUGAUGUCCUUGAUCAAGCACCAAGACCCAGUCAAGAGAGCUGCCGUGUGCGAGAGACUUGGUGUUUUCUUCGCUAACACAUCUCUCGACUAUUCCGUGUAUGUCCAGGAUAUUGUUUCCCAGUUUAUUUUGUCACUUGGUGAUUCUGACGCCAAUGUUGUCAAGGGAGUGUUCGAAGCUUUGAGCUCUUUGAUCAAGGCCCAGGAUAAGCAAGCCUUGGAGAAGCUUGUCAAACCAGCACACCAGGCCUUGUCCAUUUCUGGAGUCAAGGGCGAGGAGUUGCCAGGUUUCGCUCUUCCAAAGGGUCCAAGCUGUAUUUUGCCAGUCUUCUCUCACGGUUUGAUGUAUGGUUCCAGCGAUCAAAAGGAGUUAUCAGCAUUGUCCAUUGCUGACAUCAUCGAGAGAACUCCAGCAGCUAACUUGAAACCAUUUGCAACCACCAUCACUGGUCCAUUGAUCCGUGUCAUUGGAGAGCGUGUGUCGUCCGAUAUCAAAUCGGCUAUCUUGUCGGCAUUGACCAAUUUGUUGUUGAAGAUUCCUCAAUUCUUAAGACCAUUUAUUCCACAGCUUCAGCGUACGUUCGUGCGUUCGUUGUCAGAUCCAUCCAAUGAGAAGUUGAGAAACGGUGCCGUCAAUGCAUUAGGUGUGUUGAUUGAGUUCCAACCUAGAGUCGACUCGUUGGUGACGGAGUUGGUCGCCUCCGCCAAAUCUGCUGAUGACCAGGCUAUCAAAAACACUAUGUUGAAGGCCAUGUUGCAAGUGAUUGUCAAGGGAGGAAAGAACAUGAGCGUUGCAUCCAAAUCUGCCAUAAUGACCAUGGUGGAAGACGAAAUCUCAACUGUCAGCGACAAAUCUGCUGUUUCCUACGCAAGAUUGAUUGGUUCUUUGUCGCAGGUGUUGUCGACGGACGAGGCUGCCAACAUCUUGAAGACCAAGAUCUUGAACAAGCGCCGUGAUGAGAGCGAAUUGAAGUUUGCUAUUUUGUCUGUCAAUUCUUUCUUGAAGGAGGCUCCAGCCCACGUGUUUGACACUGGCUUGCUCGAAGAGGUUACUCACCUUGUCAUCGAGUGUUGCAAGUCCACUGUUCCAUACAUCAGUGACAACGCUACUGUUGCCGUAGGUAAGCUUUUGUUGUUGCAGGAAGAAACAGCUUCUCCAUACCAGUCCAGUGACUUGAAGUCUGACAAGGCUUUCGAGAUUCCUGAUGAGUUGGUUACCUCGCUAGUUGAACAACUUUCCAAAUCUGCCCUCCAGCCAGAGUCCAACUCGCCAGAUACCAGAAGGUUGAGUUUGGUGGUGGUGAGAACCGUGGCUAGAUUCAAGUACGAAGGCACCAUCAAGCCGCACUGGGACGUUUUGGUUCCUUCUGUCUUCUCGUGCUUGAGGGACGGAAUCAUCCCUAUUAGAUUGGCAGCAGAAAAGGCAUACUUGGCUGUGUUCAAUUUGGUGGAUGAUGCCGAACAGAAGGAUUUCGCCCAGUGGUUCGAAGGUGCUUCCCAGGGCACCAUCUCUACUAUUCUAGGUGCCACCAUCCAGCCAAGAUCUAUUGGAGACUACACCAAGAGAGUUGCAUCCAGAUUGGCUAAUGUUGAAAGAGAGAGAUUGGAAGCUGGAGGAGACGAAGAGACCAUGUUUAGCGACAGGUUUGAGGACGAGAAAGAGGUGUGGGCAGUUGGAGGCGUAUGA